AUGCAUCCCCAAUCAAAAGCAAACCUUCAUGUCAUAGUGAUCGGCGCCGGCAUGGGCGGCCUUUCAGCAGCCAUCUCCAUCAGGAUGUCCGGCCACAGGGUGACCCUCUUCGAGUCGGCAAAGGAGCUCCUGGAAGUCGGCGCCGGUAUCCAGCUGACACCCAACUGCACUCGCAUCUUGGAGAAAUGGAACCUCUCGCCCAGGCUGUGGGAAGCUGGGGCAAAGCCGUCAGAGUUUCUCAUACAUAGAUACUCGGGCGAGGUGUUGGCCAGGGAGGAAGGGUUCGGCCGCAAGAUGAAGGAAAGAUAUGGCUCCCCGUACUAUUGCAUGCACCGGGUCGACUUCCAGCAGGCACUGUAUGAGCGCGCAAAGGAGCUGGGCGUCACGUUUCGGCUGGGCCAGAGGGUGACGCACAUCGACUUUAACGAGGCCAUCAUCAACACCGAGGAAGGCGUGACGCAAAAGGGAGAUCUCAUCGUCGCGGCCGAUGGGCUGUGGUCCAAUGCCAGGGGCAUGUUUUCCGGGCCCCAUGACGUCCCGAAGCCGACGGGUGACCUGGCAUAUCGUGUGGUGCUGAGGCUGGACCAGAUUGAGGAUAAAGAGCUCAGAGAAUGCGUGUCGAAUCCAAAAGUCCGCAUCUGGAUUGGACCAGGGGCUCAUGCCGUUGGGUAUUCCCUCCGAGGCGGGACCAUUUACAACAUUGUGCUCCUUGUCCCGGACAACCUCCCACCCAAUGUCAGUCGCCAAGAAGGAUCCGUAGAGGAGAUGAAGGCGCUUUUCCAAGGAUGGGACCCUAUAUUGAACAAAUUCUUGGCUCUCGUGGACAACGUGACCAAGUGGAAGCUUAUGCACAGGGACCCACUUCCUUCCUGGGUCAACGACAGAUCCAACCUCGUCUUCUUGGGCGACGCAUGUCAUCCCAUGCUGCCCUACCUCGGCCAAGGUGCCAACUCGGCCGUGGAGGAUGGCGCAGUCCUAGGCCUCCUCCUCGGGCACAUUUCAUCGAAAGAAGACCUACCCCAGGCGCUGAGCAGAUAUGAGAAGCUUAGAAAACCCAGGGGCGACGCUAUACACGAUGCGACUUUUGAUCAGAGAGACGAUUUUCACCUGCCCGACGGCCCGGAACAAGAGGCGCGAGACGCGAUUUUCCUAUCCCAGCUGGGUAAGGAUCAGUUGGCAGCGCCCUUCCCAAGCAGGUGGACGUGUCCUCAAGUCCAGCCGUGGCUGUACGGCUAUGAUGCGUAUAAAGAGGUCGAGAAAGAACUGGUGGCGAACCCUUUCGAGAACAGAAAUUCGUACAAGCAGAUUGAGAGAGAAAUGAUGGCGAUGUCGUUCGAGAGCAGACUGUAA